AUGACGUCAACACGAGAAAUCUUUUCCUCCCGAACGGAGACUCUCAACAAAUACCUGAAGCUCGACCAGAAGGGCUCCAUUAUGGCCGAAUACGUCUGGGUCGAUGCCAACGGCGAUACUCGAUCAAAAUCAAGGACUCUUCCCGAGAAGGACUACAAGCCUGAAGAUCUCCCCGUUUGGAACUUCGACGGCUCCUCUACCGAGCAGGCUCCCGGCGAUAACUCUGACGUCUACCUGCGUCCUUGUGCCAUCUACCCCGAUCCCUUCCGUGGCUCUCCCAACAUCAUCGUUCUUGCUGAGUGCUGGAACGCCGAUGGCACUCCCAACAAGUUCAACUUCCGCCAUGAGUGCAACAAGGUGAUGGAGGCUUAUGCCGACCACGAGCCCUGGUUCGGUCUCGAGCAGGAGUACACUCUGCUCGACCACGACGACAAGCCUUUCGGCUGGCCCACCGGUGGUUACCCUGCUCCUCAGGGUCCUUACUACUGCGGUGUUGGCAGUGGCAAGGUCGUUAUGCGUGACAUUGUCGACUCCCACUACAAGGCUUGCUUGUACGCUGGAAUCCACAUCUCUGGUACCAAUGCUGAGGUCAUGAUGUCUCAGUGGGAAUACCAGGUUGGACCUUGCGUUGGCAUUGGCAUGGGCGAUGAACUCUGGAUUUCACGAUUUAUCCUCGCCCGCGUCGCAGAAGACUUCGGCAUCAAGGUUUCUUUCCAUCCGAAGCCCAUGCGCGGCGAGUGGAAUGGGGCCGGGCUUCAUUCCAAUUUCAGCACAAAAGAAAUGCGCGUGGAGGGCGGCAUGAAGCACAUCGAAGAUGCGCUCAAGAAGCUCGAGCCUCACCACGUCGAGUGUAUUAAGGAGUACGGUGAAGACAACGACCAGCGUCUUACCGGACGUCACGAGACCGGCUCCAUUGACCAGUUCACAUAUGGAGUUGCUAACCGUGGCUGCUCUAUCCGUAUCCCUCGCGAGACUGCUGCCAAGGGCUACGGUUACUUUGAGGAUCGCCGACCUGCUUCCAACGCUGAUCCUUACCGUGUCACCAAGAUUCUCAUGACUUCGAUAUUUGGCAAGGUGUAG